AUGUACGACUGCCUGAAAGCGCAACCAUUUGAGCAGCAGGUUUACGUUAUCCACAAGGUCGAACCCGUCAGCAAGCACAACUAUCCGCCGGUGCACGAAGGCAAUAUGAGCGUUCUCCUUAACGAGAGUGGAGCAGGAUUUCUGGGCAAUGAGGCGAACGUGAUCAGCAGCACUCCCCUUCGAACGGUCAGGGCAUCGGUUUCGUUGGCGGAGGAGAGGAACCAGUCCUUUUCGACAUCCACUCCAUAUCGCACCAUCUCGCACUUCGGCUUCAAUUGCCCGUUGACUACGUCGCCCACCAUUCUGCUGCACCCGGAACACCAAUCCAUUUGGCAGAGAGUGGAGGCUCAGCGCGAGAAGGUGGUGUCCUUCAUCGAUUUGACGACACUGAGCUUGGAUAACCGCAAGCUGCUUAACGUGGUAACAGCCACGAAGACCAGCCAGACUCAAUCCCAAUCUCAGUCGUUUGUCUCGGAGAAGCACAUCCAGCUGGAAGUUACUCCUCCAAAGCGGAAACAGCGCGUCUACAGCGCAACUACCUCCAGUGGGCAAAGCUUGGAUGACAGUCUAGACGAGCUGAACUCGUUGAUGAGCGGCCUGGCCGUCAGUAUGAAUCCCAGGCGGGAGCAGGACAGCGGUCUGUACCGCAGCUACACCUUUUUGCCCAGCAAUCAUGCGUUGCCCGAGGACACGGACACCAAUGAUAGCGAUCGAGUGGAUCGCGAGCGUCCUGAGGCCGAGCAGGAAGAAGUAUUCCGUCGCAAUGGAGACAGUGGUCUGGGUGACAGCCACUCGGCGGGAGGAAGGCGUACGCGGCUAACCACCACCAGCAAUGAUUCGUCCACUCAGGAGGCCGAGGCCUACACCCAGGGUAAGCACGUCAAGCUGACUUUGAGCAGCAGCUCACCUCCGCCGUCGACAACACAAACGCCGGCGACGAUCGAAAUCCUGAUCAACGUUUCGUUGCGCAACGCCGAGUGCGUCCAAACGGUCCAGACGCACGAGCAGGAGUUCCGGGCGAAGUUGGAGAGGGUGAUCGACGAGGAGAUUCACUUCAUUUCGCAGCACCUUGCGUACAAGCACCGCCAGGAGGAGUUACUGCUGCAGCAGCCACAGCAGUCGACUACGAGGGCUCCUCUGGCCACGCCCACAUCCACUUCCAUGCCUCCACCGGCGGCACCUGUAUCGUCAUCAUUGGUGCAGCGCAGUAACUCGGCACCGGAGCUGUGCCACACCUACAGCUAUGUGGCCGUGGCCAUGUCGGAAUCCGAUGUGCAGAACAAGGCAGAGCAAGCCUCUCCACAGUUGCCAGCUGAAGGCGAGCCUCUGAACGAUAUACUCAGCAGUCUGGAGAAGGAACUGGAACGCCUGCUAAACAGCGUGGUGCAAGCGCACAUGAUGCACAACAAGGCCAUAAUCCACGAGUGCAGGGCUCGAAUCUCGCAAUUGGCCGAGGGAUUGGCCACCUCCUAG